AACGAAAAGAACUUGCGCUGAUCCAUCGUUGAUUCGUACUACGCGAAGAUGAAAGUUUGUUUUUGAAAUGAGAAGGUUGCUAUAUGCGUGUUGUUGAGCAAUGUAUAGAAAUUUCUUUCAAGUCACUGAAUUUCAAAGUGAAAACUUUAGAUACCUCGCUGUUGAAACGUGUUACUUAAAAAGAAAAUCAUGACUUAUCUAUCGUUGAGUUAUACUACUUUCUUCUGUUUCUGGUAGACAGUAGAGACUCGUAGCGACUUUCCUUGGAACUAAUUCAAGUGUGAUCUUUUUCGUCGGGAAUCUCGUACGCUUGCAGAUGUUAAUGCAUGCAGAAUUAAUAAUCUGUCUUUAUGUAUUAUGUUAUGGGGCCGUUUCUAGCAGAAUUUGUUGGAAUUGUUCAUUUUGUACGCUUGUACGCCGUAACCCGUAACGACUGCAAAAUGGCAUACUUGCUGUAUGCAGUAACACUAUAUUGCCAUUCUGUAGGCGUUGACAUUUAUUAAACAGGUUGCGAAAAUGAGAUUAAUUCUAAAGAAUAUCCUAUUUGUGCUAUCAUUAAUCGAAAAAUGUAGUACGACUCAAAGAUAAGAUCAGAAUAGCUUAUUUUUAAGCAAUAAAUUUCUUAAUGCAUGUACACUUUGUAAACGUAUAAGUAUAGGCAUUCUCGACUGAUAUAACGCUGCUACGUUCAGAAAAAAUAUGAAAACAGUUCGCAGAAAGGUUCAAAAUUAUAGUGACGUUACAAAACAUGUAAGCCUCGUUGUUUUAUGAAAGCAACAGAAUAUUAGUCUAGUAUGAAAAACGGAGAAUGCGUCAAUGUCGGCAUCGACCGAGGAAGUCAGAGUGCCGACACUCGCCAAGUUUGCAACAGGCGGCAUAUCCGGGUAAAAGAACAAAUAGAUUCACGUUGCAGCUUGCAAUUAGAAUAACAAAGACGCUAUUUUUUAUUCUUCAUGCGCAAAGGCUGAUGCAAGGAGCAUUCUUAAAACGUAAAACUGUCGGCAACCCCAUUCUUAAUUCUGUCGUCACAGAGUGAUAGCGCAAUCCUCGACGCAUCCUAUGGACGUUGUUAAAAUACGCAUGCAGGUCUCGAGAAGCAGCUUGCGCGACACGAUCCUCGAGACGUUUCACGCGAGCGGAGUCCGCGGCUUCUACACUGGACUGACUGCGGCUAUUCUUCGUCAGCUGACCUACACCACCACCAGACUAGGGAUGUACAACACGUUGUUGGAUGUUGCAGAACAACAGUUUGGCCGUUUGAAUUACGCGACGAUGAUCAGCUUCGGGAUGGUCGCUGGCGUGAUGGGUUCCUUCGUCGGCACCCCCACGGAUUUGGUAUUGGUCCGCAUGGUGGCCGACAUCAAUCUGCCACCAGAGAAGCGAAGAAACUACAGGAAUGCCAUUAGUGGUAUCUUAGAUAUAUGGAGAACCGAAGGAUUCUUUCGAUUGUGGAGAGGAGCAGUACCCACGAUGGGCAGAGCAGCAGUCGUCAAUGGAACUCAAUUAGGCACAUACACCAGAGCGAAGAUGAUACUGCAAGACACAGGAUAUAUCCAAAAUGGUAUGUUACUGCAAUUUGUCGCUGCUAUGAUAUCAAGCGUCAUCACGUGCUGCGCCUCGAUUCCGGUGGAUGUUGCGAAAACUAGGAUUCAGAACUGGAGGCAUUCUGCAAAACCAACUAGCGUAAUGGCUACGAUCGUGAAUAUCGCGAGGACAGAAGGAGUAAUGUCGCUGUGGCGCGGUUUCCUCCCAUAUUACUCCAGAGCAGCACCCAAUACUGUAAUCACCAUGGUGUGCCUCGAUCAGCUUCAACGAACGUAUUUCAAACUUUUUCCAGUGUCAUAACGUAAACGAACUUUCCUGUUUGUAUAAAACAUAUUUUUUCGAUAGUGCACCGUGAUAUAAGUAGAGCGAGGCCCUAGAUGGCCGCGUGUUUGAAUAAUUAGCACGAUGACGUUUCUUUGAAAAGUAAGAUUUAAUUUGGAAUUCCUUGCAUCCGCAAAGGGCAAAACAUAAAUACAUAACGAAAACGUGAAUAUAGAAAUUUUGGUUUCAGAUGAUUUGGAAUUAGUCUUGAUACAUUCUGUAAAAUCGCAUCAAUUGCUCGUUGACGAUGAGAGUCAACACUGUAUGUGGGCCUAUUCUGCAGUAAGUCGGCCAGAAACCUUUCCAGAGAGCCCCCAACCCCUCGUUUUUUCCUAUUGACAGCAUAACUGCGAUCAUACCCGGAGGUUUCCCAGUAAUCUUCAUGUUUUGUAUCCUGCCAAUGCAGAACGAUGGUCUUAUUAAAAUACAAUACUCUUCCCUUUUU